GCCAAGACCACCUGUGACAUCAAGGUCAAGGUCAAGAUCAGCUGGGCGGCGGCGGACAGUCUCUUCUUCACCCCCUUCAAGAUGUACAGCGUGGCCAGGACAGCCGCCAGGAACCUCUCCCUCCGGUGGUUCUCGAGCAGCGCCGCCAUGCAGGGUCCCACCGUGGCCGUGGUGCUGUCUGGCUCAGGCGUGUAUGAUGGGUCGGAGGUCCACGAGGCCUCGGCGGCGCUGGUGGGGCUGACACGCGGUGGGGCAGAGGUGAUGUGCUACGCCCCGGACAGCCCGCAGAUGCACGUCAUUGACCACACCAAGGGAGCCCCAGCAGAAGGAGAGACCCGCAAUGUCAUGGUGGAGUCUGCGCGCAUCGCUCGUGGUGCCGUGAAGCCGCUGACGGAGCUGAACAGUGGUGCUGCUGAUGCUGUCUUCUUCCCGGGAGGGUUCGGAGCUGCCAAGAACCUGUCGGACUUUGCAGUGAAGGGCGGAGACAUGACGGUGAACAGUGAGGUGGAGCGUGUCAUCAAGGACUUCCAUGGUGCCAAGAAGCCCAUCGGUCUGUGCUGCAUUGCGCCCGUAUUGGCAGCGAAAGUCUUGGGGAGCAGCGGUGUCACCCUCACGCUGGGGAAACCUGAUGACGGCUCAGGCAAGUGGCCUUAUGGCGGGGCCAUUGAGGCAGCCAAGAGCAUGGGAGCCAAUGCUGUGGAAAAGAGUGUCUCAGAGGUGGCGGUGGAUGAGGCCAACAAGGUGGUCACCACACCCGCUUUCAUGUAUGAGGGGAAAUUCCAUGAGAUCCACGAUGGUGUUGCCAAGGCCAUCACUGCCUUGCUGGGCCUCAUCAAGAGUUAGGGAGGAUGACAGCCCUCGAUGCAGCCGCCACUGUAGUCUGCCUAUGCUGAGGAGUUCCACGUUCUGGCAACAUGAGUAUUGUUGGAAAAUUGUCUUUCAAUUCUAUUUAUUUGUCUGACAGCCCUGAGGUACUAUUUAGUUGCUAUGAACAUAAUUGGUCUAAUCUCAAUGCAGGAGUAUUACUCAUAUUUGUGUCUGUGAUUUUACAUACUGUAAAAAUCCUAUUCCAUGUCUGACUUGUAUUCUAACAUCCAAACAUUUAGGUAAAUGAAAAUUAAGUAAUCCUAGAUAAUGCCAUGUUACUUUGAGAAUUAAGGUUGUCAUUAUCUUUAAAUUAAGCUGCUGUGCAGUUUAUAGAAUUAGAGAAGCCAAUUCAUAUCAAAUAAAAUGUAUGAAUUUAAA